UGCUUUCAUGCCAAAUGUGAUCAUGCUUUUGAGAUGAAAGAAAUUAAGUCGAGGGAGUCUUAGUAAGAUUACAUUAAUCUCUGACUUCCUGCAGGACUAUGUCUGGACAUCAAUGAGCAGACUUUUCUCUUGAUGAUCGAACUUUAAGCAUUGGAACAAUGAGAUUGCGGGGCGAUGAACAAAUAAAGACACCUGGAAUAGAAUGCAGUCAUGUCUUGUUCUGUUGAGGAAAGUUUAAGUUGAUCGCUUAACUCAUUUGACGCUAGGAGGUCGGGAAAAAUAGCCCGAUGAAAGAUUAUCUUCAACUUUUUUUGUUCCUCAAUUGGAGCUCGCGACAAACUCGAAAUCUGCCAAUGCACAACACAACAUGGCAGCUCCUGUGACCAAGCUUCAGCAGGUGAAGCUUCCCAGUGGACCUUCGCCUUUGACUCCAGAGCAACAAUACUGGAAAACCUUCAAGUCUUCGCAGAAUGUCCCCACUCAAUCGCCCGUGAACCAUAUUUCGUUUCCUCCGCCUCCGAGUAAUGCGCUGCUUCCUUCGAACAACGAUUACUUCGUCGUCACCGCGGGUACUCGAGUACAAAUAUUCUCGAUACGAACUCGAAAGUUGUUGAAGACAAUUACCCGAUUCUCAGACAUCGCGCAUAGCGCAGAAAUCCGAAGAGAUGGACGGGUCAUGGUGGCUGGUGACGAGAGCGGGAAGAUUCAGGUGUUUGACGUGAACUCCAGGGCCAUAUUGAAGACUUGGGAAGAGCACAAGCAACCAGUAUGGACAACGAAGUUCUCUCCGACAGAAUUGACGACUCUCAUGAGCGCGAGUGACGACAGAACGGUUCGGCUCUGGGAUCUGCCGAGUCAACAGAGUACUACAACAUUUGUCGGACACACAGAUUAUGUUAGAAGUGGAAGCUUCAUGCCGGGAACAAUGUCGAAUAUGAUUGUGACGGGAAGUUAUGAUCAGACUGUCCGACUGUGGGAUCCUAGGAUACCUACAAGAGCUGCUAUGACGUUCAAGCACGCAGCGGCAAUCGAGUCGGUGUUACCCAUGCCCUCUGGGACGACCCUGCUUGCAUCUGCAGACAAUCAAAUCUCGGUGUUAGACCUUGUUGCUGGAAAGCCGCUACAGCUCUUGAAGAAUCAUCAAAAGACGGUCACCUCAUUGUGUCUGGCAUCAAAUGGCACAAGGCUGGUCAGCGGAGGACUGGACGGGCAUGUCAAGAUAUUCGAGACUUCGGGAUGGAAUGUUGUAGCUGGAUCCAAGUACCCCUCGCCCGUGUUAGCAGUCAGUGUCAUCAGUGCAGGUGCCAACAGAGAGGAUAAGCAUCUUGCAGUGGGAAUGGUGUCUGGUAUUCUGUCUAUCAAGACACGACUUUCGGGACAGCAGAAAGCGAAGGAGAGAGAACGAGCGAAGGAAAUGCAGGCUCUGAUCGAUGGUACAAUUGAUGCAUACGACAAGAAGAACAAGAAGCGGACCAGGGGAAUCGAAAAGAAGCUCCGAGGACUGGAUUUCGUGGGUGAAGGAGCCGACAUCAUCAUUGAAGGAAACGAUCGACAGAAGAAAAAGCCGGAGACAGUGUGGGAGAGAGAUCUUCGACAAGGCAGAUAUGCUCAAGCUUUGGAUACAGUGCUAGCGCAGAAUAGCUCUUCUGUCACUGUGUUGACGCUAUUGACUGCCUUACGACAUCGAAGUGCAAUGAGAACAGCUUUUCAAGGUCGAGACGAGUCUACUGUUCAACCAAUCUUCAUGUGGGUUAUCAAACAUAUCACCGAUCCUCGAUACGUCAGUAUAUGCGUGGACUCAGCAUUACUCCUCUUGGAUAUCUACUCCGAGCACGUUGGUGAUUCGAGAGAACUCGGCAACAGUGUUAGAAAGCUUAGUGUUCAGGUGCGAAGGGAGGUGGAGAGAUCUCAACAAGCUUGUCAGACAAGCGGAAUGUUGGAGAUGUUGAUGACAGGCAUGCCUUGAGACUUAGUCUUGAAAGACGACCAAACGAAGGACAAUCUUGUCUCUUACAGCUAUUGAAUCGGCUUGCGCAGGGACAAACACCAAGGCUUAAGGCUGUUAUCAAC